GAGUGCGCGUGCGCGGGGAAUUCCACGACUCGCCACUGCCCCAUCGUAGUACGACUCAACGGCGAUUCGGACGGGCAAUUGUUCCGGUGGAGUAUUCGAUCAAUCGUAAAUGCCGAUGUAUCGAUGACCUCAUCCGUCCGCCCGCCCGCGGCAAGUUCGCGCGGCUGCGGUGAGUGUGCUCUUUUUAAACAUGGGGAGGUUACUUUUUUGAAGUAAUAUGUGGAACCUCGGUAACCGUGCUGCCGUGGUGUUGAUCUGUGUGACGUGCGGGUGCGUGCUGGUCUACAACGCCUGGGGUGCGAUACUCGCGCUCAUACUGUCGCUGCUCGUCGUGGUUUACGCGUGCUACUCGUUGCUCGCCAACGACAGCCUAGUGUUUCCGCAGGAAACUUAUCGCGUGUUCGUCUACCUGCGGGAGGCGAUUCACGAGCUACGCGUGGCACUGGAACCCGCUGUCGGCCACGUUAGCGGAUAUACGCGCAAGCUCUGGCGUGGCGCCGGUCAUUAUUACCGCGAACGUUUCCCGCUCGAGACGAUGGACGGACGACGCGGAAGAGGUAAGAGUUAUCAGCUCAGCAGUGACUCUUACGACACGGCUUUCGUCAAAAGCAGGGACUCCUUGACGCCGGUGACGAGCAGGUUCAGCCCGAUCGGCCAGUCGGGCCAGAUCAGGCGCGACAAUGAUACGACGUAUCACAGGUUCUGCCAAGCCGGCGACCACGAGCGCUCGCAGCAGCUCGUUUUAGGCAAGCACACCUCCACACCGGUACUCCGGCCCGGCGACAGGGAGGACGACAGGAACGGUGACAUAGGUCUGCUUCCUCGCAAGGAGACCUCGUCUUUUUGUAUUACUCAGAGCCAUACGCUGAAUCGUGGUGAAAAUAUCACACAGUUCAGCCCGGAAGGCUCUCCGUGGGGUGCCAGUAUCAGCCCCAAGAUGCGCCCGAGGCCAGCGGGCAUGAAGACAGUCCAGACAGUGGCUGGACCGCUAUUAGCAUCCACGAGAUACAACAUUGACCCGAAGAUGUACGCAGACGUGUCGUCUCCGGGACUCACGACGAGGCUAACCAAGUAUGCUACAGAAGCAAAGAGCAAACUAACGCAUCAGUCCCACUAUGGCACAGGACAGUUCCCAAAAGUUAAUCUCUACGCCAAUCCUGUUCCAUUACUGAACACGAAAUCGACAAAGAUGAGAAUGCCGGUGACGGUCAGACUGGCGCCACCUGAAGUCGCGAGAUAUUCUCCUCCGGAAAGGCAGAGAAUCCUGUCUAAUAUCCGCCAUACGCCGAACAACAAAUCAACUACUAAUGUUGUCCAGGUAUUAAGAGAAAUAUCCUUGAAACGACACGCGUCGAGGGAAGACGUCACUUUCGACGUAGCUAAGAAGCAAAGAACGGAAGACCUUUUCGAUGAAGAAACGGAAAUGGUCUUGGAAGAGACUAAACAGAAACGGGCCAGGGACGAUUCUAGAUCGGAGGAGGAACUCUCUCCUCAGAAUAUAUCCAUCAGACCUGCCAAGAAACGUACAAAAACGCAAUCCUGUUAUGACAUUUUGAACUCACUGAGCUCCAGCAUCCAUGUUUCCCCCGGUGUUAAAAGGAAAGCAAUUGACUUCUCCCGCAGCGGGACACCCGAAUUCGAGAAGCACUUCAAGUCUCUGAAAAGCGUACAGACCAGUAACUCCAGUCCUCUCAAUUUACCGCAGUCUCAGAACUUGGACAUAAAUCACAGUCAUAGGCAUGACAUGAAAGAAAUAUACUCGAAAAAUCUCGAGACCAUUACCUGCGACAAGGUGCAGGAAACUCUCUUGACGAAAGGUAUAUUGAAGAUGUCUAAUAACGAGGCGAGGGUCAAUCUGAACAAGCCAGUGCCGACGGUCCAUAAGGUUGCAAAAAGCGUCGAAAUUGUGGGCGGCGCUGGGUCCGUUGCACCAACGAAAUCCGUUAAAUUGACGGAUAAGCUGUUUAUGAGAGACGAGCCCGAACGGAACGCGUGGUUGAAAGUACUCGCGGAGGAGCAGGUCAGUGUAAAACCCAAGUUCACGAAGGACAAUGUGGAGGAGAUAAAGAAGGAGGACAUACGGAAUAUGAGGCAAACUAGUAUGAAAGCGAGGCUCCAAAGUAUGUUCGAUGCGAUAUCUGGAAAAGCGGAGAGCAAGAUCAAUCCGGACGUGGUGAUUCAGGCGGACGACGUGAACGCGCCGGUCGCCGCCGCGUCCUCGGCCAGCGGUUGCGCGAGCCUCAACUCCUCGACCACGACGACUACGGUCAACACCACGCCGAUCUCCACCGCGGCGAUCGUGCCGGGCGGUACGCUCACGUCGAAACCCGACGCCAAGUCGCCGGCCUUCAGCUCGCCGGCAUCGUCAGCCCAGUCGUCGAACGUGUCGACGAUCAUCGCUCCGGUGACGAAGGGGGCGAGCUUGACGCCUACGACCUCCGGAUCGACCGGCCAAAUGGGAAUAGUCGCGACGACCGCACAGAGUGCGGAGUCGUCGCCGCAGAAGAAGGGCCCGCCGACCUUCGUUUUCGGGAAACCGAUCGCGGAAGCGUCACCGGCCGCUACGUCGAGCCCGUUACCGGGCACUCGCAAUACCUUCAACAGCGUCCUCGUCACAUCAGCUGGCGCGACUCCCGCUUUACCAACGUUCAGCAAUUUCCUCGGGGCCGACAAGACGCCGUCGAGCUCGGCGUUCGCGCCUGUGAGUUCCAGCGGCACGACGAACAGCAAGCUCGAGACCAGCAACGCUGCUGCCAUCAGCACAGUCUCGUUCACCGCGGCGAACACUCAAGCAAGUCCCAUCUUCGCCUUCGGCGCCGGCAAGCUCUCGGUAUCCAGCGCUGCGUCGCUGACGCUAACCCCGAGUCCGCCGUCUCAGUUCACCGGGACGAGGUCGUUGCCGGCUAACACGAACGCGAUCAGCGUCAACAGCUUCAACAGCGUAACGAGUCACGCGUCGAACAGCGGCGUCGUGACGACACCGGCGACAACGACGACGUCUGCGCCCCUCUUCAGCUUCGGAGGGAGCGGCGCUGCUCCAUCGGCUGCAAAGGCACACGGCAUGUUCGGACAGGCCAGCAACGCUCAGCCCCCGAACGUCUUCGGGAGCGUCGCGACGUCCUCGUCCGCGGACAACACGAGCAAAUCCUUCAGUUUCACGGCGAACGCGGUGAGCACCACCACGAGCGGCGCCACGCCGGCGUUCGGCUUACCCACCGCACCCACCUUCUCGUUAAGCACACCCGCUACGUCCGGCCCCGCCAACAACAAGCCGCUGUUCGUAUUCGGCGCCGGGAGCCUCGCCAGCGCAUCGGCCACCACGCUCGCUACGACCGCCAGCGGCGGUGCCUUCGGCACGGUCGGUCACAACGUCGUGCAGACCUUCGGGACGCCCACCACGACGACGGUCGCCGCGCCGCAAUUCGGGAUACCCGCGCCGAGCAGCGGCCCGCAGCAGUUCGGAGCGGGCGCGACUCCGCGGUUCGGGACGCCCACGACGAGCGGCGCCGCUCCGUUUGGCGCGACCACCACGUCCGUAUUCGGCAGCACGCCGGCGGCCGCAACGAGCGCGGCGGGCGUCUUCGGCACGGCCGGCAACAGCCAACAAGCGGUCUUCAGCGCCGGCGGCGCGUCUACCUCGGCUACCAGCAGUGGUAUGUUCAACCCCGCGAAGACGACGGCCGCGUCGAUCUUCGCCGCGGCGGCCACGAGCAACGCAACCUCGUCGGAGGGCGCGGCCACCUCCGGCAACCUGUUCUCCGGCGGAGCGAACGCGGCAGCCUCCGGCUCGACCGUAGCGGUAUCGUCGCAGUCGUCCAUGUUCGUCGCGAGCCCCGUCUUCGGGCAGGCCAAGCCGCCGACGACGUCCUUCGGCGCAGGCGGUACCGCCGGCAUAUUCGGCAACACGUCGACCCCGUUGUUCGGCUCGACCACCAGCUCGACGGCCGCCGGAUUCGCCAACAACGUCUCCACCAGCAGCGCCAUCGAGAGCUUCGGCGCGUCCGGCGCGACGAACGCGCCGGCGAAUACGAGCGUGCCGGCCUUCGGUAUCUUCAGCCCCACCGACAGCACACCGGUCGCUCUCUUCGGGGCGAGCCAGCCGCCAGCCGGCGGAGCUUUCGCCGCCUUCGGUGCGCAGAACUCCGCGAGCCUCACCUUCGGCGACAACAAGCCGUUGUUCGGCGCCACGUCCGCCGCUUCCUCGACCGCCUUCGGCGGCUCGCCCAUGCCCGCUUUCGGCGCCGACACCGGCAGCGCGAACAGCAACGCGAGCGCCAUGUUCUUCGGGAGCAAUCAGAAGGACGGGCAACAACAGGCCGCCGGCUUCGGCUUCGCCUCCACCUUCAACGCGGCCGGCAGCAAUCCCACCACCGUGGCGGCGCCGGCGCCCUUCCAGUUUGGAGCCACCACCGCGAAGCCAGCGGCGACAGGCUUCAACUUCACCGCACCGUCGCCAACUCCUACCAUCAAUUUCGGCACGCCCGGCACGCCGGCCUUCAACCCCUCGACCCCCGGCAUGUUCAGCAUCGGGAGCGGAUCCACCGCGCCGCGAUCUAGAGCAAUUCGCACGAGGAAGCCGAGAUGAUGGAGAAUGUAAACCGCCCGCGUGUCUCUGAGCGCACAGAUUUUCGUUGAGGCGCAACGGAGUGUUCGAAUUUGUUUUGCGUCGAUAGGAAAUACAGGCCGACCGGCGCGCGCACGCGUACAGAAUCCUCGACAUUUUUCUAUUUCCGGUGUGAACAGAUAAAAAUAAGAUGUCGCAACAGAUUGCACACACACACGCGCGCGCGCGUGCGCGCAUACAUACACUGUGAAAAUGAUAAGUAACGUACCGCGCGCUAUUCGCCGAUGCUUUCAGUACGAGAACGCACACCUCAUCAUUGUCGAGUGAAACUCGUGUGUGAGUAUAAAUGUUCUUCCACAUUAUAUGACGGAAAUGUAUCAGUACGUUAACAUGAUAAUUGCAAUUCAACGAACAAGUGAGGUGUGUUUGUGUGUGUAUACGAGAGCGUGUAUGAAUGUAUGUGUGUAUAAUGUAUUGAGAAGAUUGCUCGUAUCUCAUGUAAACGAAAGUACCGGGGCGAUUGUGGAUCGAUUUGUACACGACCUGCUGCUUUAAAUAUAUUCCAGAAGCUGUUGAAA